AUGGUUGUUGAGGCCACUCCUCCCGAGACUGUUCCCGAGGAUGUCCUCCCCACCACUGACGAUGCUGUCACCAUUGAGAUGGAAACAGAUGACCCUGUACCUGUUUCCGCUGACGAUGACACCGUUGUCACCGAUCCUAUUGAGCCUGCUGCUACCGCUGACGAUGACACUGUUGACGCUGCGCCUGCUGGGCCAUCUGUCGCUGUCGCCGCUCCUGUCGAGUUAUCUAUCUCUAACGCCGCUCCUGCUGAGCCAAUGAUCGUUGACGCUACUCCUACUGAGAAAAUCGAAAUGAACAAUACCGAUAUCACCGUCACUCGUGACACAGCAAUGGAAGACCCUGUACCCAUUUGUACCACUGAUGGCAACGUCCCUGCAGAUGAUGGUGUUGAUGCCAUCGACGCUUCAGUCACCCGCGAUGUAACCAUGGAAGACCCUGAACCUGUUGCUAUCACCGGCGCCGGCGGCGUGGUCGGGACCACUGUUCAAAGGUAA